AUGGCGCCCCUGGUCUUACUACCUAAUACAAUAAAUUUAUUUGAAGAAUUACAAAAGGAAAGAAUGUCAUUUUUAUUGACUUAUAAGCUUAGCCAAGAUCAUAUUCAGAUAUUUUUUAGUGCUAUGAAAAGCAGAGGUGGAUUCAAUAACAACCCGAAUGUGAUACAAUUCAGAUCCGCUUACAAGCGUUUGUUGGUUCGACAUAAUAUAGAAGGUUCAGUUUAUGCUAAUUGUUCGCCACUUGAUACUUCUAAUAUACUUUAUGUUAGUGCAAGCAAAAGGACAGACGCAGACGCUAUUUACACUGAAAUCGACGUUGAGGAGCAAAUUUUAUUUGAUGAAUUUGAUCAUGGUUAUAAUUGUUACCAUAUGCCUGAGCUAGAAGAAUAUGUGGUGGAUGUCGUACACUACACAAGUGGCUUCAUUGUACGAAAGAUCCAAAAAAAUAAGGCACUUUGUAAGACAUGUGAUUCAUUUCUAACAGUUGAUGAUAAUAACAAUCAAAAUUCUUCAAAGUUGUUUCAGCUAAAAAAUAGAGGGAAAUUAAUAAACGUAUCUUCCGAUGUUCACAAAACAUGUUUAGUGACAGAAUAUAUAAUUAGAAUAUGUAAUGAAGAUUUAUUGAGGAAAAAAAAUAUUAAAUUAAUAUUAUCUUUAAAAGCAUUGAAUGAAUUGAGCUCUGACAACACCAUAUUCAAUUCAAAAGAAAUAAAAGAGCACAUAUUACAACAAGAUCUGUUAGAUAAUCACCGUAGCCAGCUACUAAAAUUAAUAGUUGAUUGUUAUAUUACCCUGAGACUCCACCACUUUGCGAAAUCACAUACCUACUUUUGCAAUUAG